AUGUCGUUCAACAACGACUGUUCCAAGUUCUCAGUGGCUCUAUUUGGGCCACAAAGGACACCUUUGACAUCCCAAGGCCUUGCAGAUCUUCAAACAGCCCUGAAGGAAGACCCUCGUCUCGAAUUUCUACGACAGACGCUCGACACACUGCCCUCCUUAUGGUCACGGGUCAAAGACACGCUCGAUUCACAACGAUUUGAGGGCGCCUCGAAACUUCAAAAGCUACAAAAAUUUGCAGCCGGGUCUAGCGACAUAGAUUUCACAGCAUUUUCCAAUAUCGAGCUAGCGGUCCUGACUGUGGCCACUCAAGUCGUCGACUUGAUUCAGCAACACGGCACCUCGCUUGACAAAUUUGAAGCAGCUCAGGGGUUCUGCAUUGGAUUCCUAUCAGCGGCAUCAUAUGCUACUGCGCGUGAUUGGAACGAAUUCGAGAAGAAUAUCUCCAACGCCAUACGAUUAGCCGCCUGUAUUGGCAUAGUCGUUGACGUCGAGCAAGUCGCCCAGCCGGUCACGGCUUUUUCAGCGUAUAUUUCGUGCAUCACAGACGACAAAAACAUAACCAUCACAAUACCACAAGCCUGCGAAAAGGCCUUCAUUGUGCUGCUAAGCGAGGCCGGCAUAUCUACUACAACAAUUGGCCUUAGAGGAAGCUAUCACAGUCAAACUCAUCAACAAGCUGCUAGAACCCUCAGCAGUCUCUGCGAACAGAAUGACAAUCUCCGGCUGCCUACAGCCGAACAGCUACGGCGACCACUCCGGUCCACUGCCGAUGCCGAUCUUAUUACCACGGGAGCUCUCCAUGACAUUGCAAUAGAGCUUAUUCUGGUCCGCCGCGCUAAUUGGUUCUGGACCGUGAAAAAUACCAUCGCUCACUGUGACCAGCACCAGACCGAGCUGGUUAGCUUUGGUUCCGAAUCAUGUAUCCCUCGAUCCAUGACAAUAAGAAGCCAUCAGAGCACACUUUCAAGCACAGCCAGCGGUACGGAAGAGAUUGCUGUUGUUGGUAUGUCCUGCCGGUUUGCUCGAUCGGAAAACCUUGAAGAAUUCUGGAGGCUGCUCGACGAAGGCGGGACUGGCAUCGGAAAGAUACCCAGUGGUCGUUUCGACGCUGCACAUUUGACACGCGGACCGAAGCUGGAUAACUACUGGGGAAAUUUUAUUGCCGAACCAGACGUGUUUGAUCACAAGUUCUUUGGAAUUUCGGGCCGCGAGGCGAAAUCGAUGGACCCCCAACAACGGCUCGCACUCCAAGUUGCAUACGAGGCUCUCGCGUCGUCGGGCUACUGCAGCAAGCCAGCUGAGACGAGCACCAAAGACGUCGGCUGCUACCUAGGGGUGGGUGCUGUCGACUACGAGGACAACGUUGCCUCGAAGGACGCGAACGCCUUCGCGGCAACUGGCACGUUGCGGGCUUUUAUCAGCGGUCGCAUCAGCCACUUCUUUGGCUGGGAUGGGCCAUCCCUUACUGUGGACACGGCAUGCUCAUCCUCAGCUGUUGCAAUCCAUACCGCAUGCAAAGCCCUGCUGGGCGGCGAGUGUUCUAUGGCGCUUGCUGGUGGUGUCAAUGUUAUCACCAGUCCGUCGCUGCAUCAAAACCUGGCCGGUGCAUCAUUCCUCAACCCGAAUGGGUCCUCGAGGGCUUUUGAUGCCAAUGCAGGAGGUUAUUGCCGUGGUGAGGGUGCAGGCAUCGUUGUGCUGAAGAAGCUUUCUGCAGCUUUGGCUGAUGGUGAUGCGGUCAUUGGAGUGAUUGCGUCUUCGGCAGUCAACCAAGGCUCAAAUUGCAGCCCAAUCACGGUGCCACACUCGGAUUCACAGAGUAAUUUAUACAAGCGCGUGCUCAAAGACGCCGGGGUGAAGCCUGAAGAUGUUACGUAUGUCGAGGCACAUGGAACCGGCACUCAAGUUGGUGAUCCAAUAGAGUACGAAAGCGUUCGGUCUGCCUUUACUGGCCCUUUGCGAACUGAGGAACUUUUUAUCGGUUCUGUCAAAGAUAACAUAGGCCAUGCUGAGGCUGCUUCUGGAGCGGCUGGAGUUAUCAAAUGCCUGCUCAUGAUGCAACACAACACAAUACCAAAGCAAGCAAACUUCACUUCUCUGAAUCCCAAGAUCAAGACUUUACCUCAAGAUGGGAUCACCGUGCCCAAAAGUUCUGUGCCGUGGACCUCGACAAAACACAUUGCGCUAGUCAACAACUAUGGAGCGGCGGGAAGCAAUGCUGCCAUUCUCAUCCGCGCAUACCCUGACAAGCCCACGCCGCUGCCGAUCAGAAGUCCCGCAAUCCAUCCAAUUCUCCUGUCUGCGAAGACGGCGAGCAGCCUAGCCUCAUACACGGAUGCUCUCAAGCUAUACCUUUCCAAAGAAAGACUAUCCCUUGAAAGCGUUGCUUACAAUCUAGCACAGUCCCAUGACGUGUCUUUCGAUUCUCGCAUCGGCGUCCUUGCUGAUGACCUCGACAGCGCAGUAUCUGCUCUGGGCAGGGCAAGUGCUAAUGACAGCGGAAAGACGGCUGCGUUACAAAGAAGACCUGUGGUUCUGUGCUUUGGUGGCCAAACCGGACGUCAAGUUACUAUUUCGAAGGACCUGUAUGAGAACAGUGAUCUUUUGAAGAAACACUUGGAUGAAUGUGACUCGAUAUGCCGGCGUCUUGGUCUGGGCAGUAUUUUCCCAGGCAUAUUCCAAGAUGAUGCUAUCCAGGACACCUUGUCUCUCCACUGCAGGCUUCUGUCCUUGCAAGUGUCAUGCGCAAGAUGUUGGAUUGAUUCAGGUCUCGAGGUCGAUACUCUGAUAGGGCACAGCUUCGGCCAAUUGACCGCACUAUGUGUCGCCGGCUCGGUGUCUCUCGAGGACACUUUUCGUUUGGUCGCCGGUAGAGCUCGCCUGGUCCGUGACGGCUGGGGUCCUGAACACGGCGCCAUGCUGGCGGUCGAGUGCGACAGGGAGGAGCUCGACGACAUACUCAGCCAGGUGAACUCAACGGAUGACUUCAAACUGGAUGUUGCGUGUUAUAAUGGGCCUCGGAGCUUUGUGCUCGCGGGUGGUUCAGCCUCCAUUGCAAAGGCUGUCGAGUUGUGUCGCGGUCUCAAGUCGACCGAGCUGCGGAAUACUCACGCGUACCACUCCUACCUGGCAGACGGGAUAUUGGAUGAUCUUUCGAAGCUAGCUGCCUCUUUCAAGAUUCAGGCGCCCCGAAUCCGUAUCGAGACAUGCAGCGCCGGUGAGACCUGGACAGACUUCACCUCCGAUGCGAUCGUGCAACACACACGACAACCCGUAUAUUUCAGUGACGCGGUCGGUCGUAUUGCCAAGCGUUUACCUGCGGCGAUUUGGGUCGAGGCAGGAUCCGCGACACCGAUCUUGGCCAUGGCUAAACGCGCGAUAGCCAAGCCUGACCGGUCCGACGUCUUCGUGCCUAUGCAGCUUGGCGCGGCAGACGCCGUGAAGAACUUGGCUAAAUCGGCGUGUGAUCUGUGGAAAGCUGGCUCAGCCGCUCAAUACUGGCCCUUCCAUCGUUCUUCAGCAUACCGUUACAAGAAGCUGAACAUCCCACCAUAUCAGUUUGAGAAGACGUCGCACUGGCUGUCACUUGAGCCUAGGUCAGUUGGUACAGCAAAUUUGAGCAAAGCUCCGGAGCUCGUCAAAUUGGUGAAGGAUGGACGCUCUACUGGAGAGUAUGUACUAGUGGUCAAUACCGCUGGAGACAGCUUUCAACUGUCUGCAAGAGGUCACGCAGUCACCGGCCAAAGCCUCUGCCCCGCCUCCAUGUACAUGGAAAUGGUGGCUCAAUCCGCUAAAUUGGUAUCCAAUCAUGCUGACGCUAAGAAAUACAUUCCACAUAUCGAGGGCUUGACGAUGCUAGCCCCUCUUGGAAUCAGCGAGGCUGCUGUGGUAUUCGUACGUCUUCACCAGGUGGCACCCGAAUCAUGGGACUUCAUCAUUACCAGCCAGGCUUCUGCAAGCACACUUGGGAGCGAGUCAUCGACGAAGCAUGCCAGUGGGUCAUUUACAUGGCAAAUAUCUGAUGACAGUAUCGCAAAAAGACGCUUGCAGGUACUAAGCCGGCUGGGUGCAUCCAGAACCUCCACGUCAGCCAUGGCUACUGGCGUAAGAGGUGCAAUGGUGUACAAGCUGUUUUCGGAUGUUGUAGACUAUGCGGACUACUAUCGUGGCGUCCAGAGCAUAUCUGCAUCAGACAACGAGGCUACUGGAAUGGUCAAAAUCCCGUUAAAGCAACACAGACUUAUAGACACGGGUAUAUGCGACCCUAUAAUCUUGGACAACUUUCUGCAAGUUGCUGGGAUACACACCAAUUGCUUGUCUACGAGAGAUGAGUCGCAGGUACUGAUGUGCACCUCUGUGGAUGAGAUCAUAUUUUCUCCAUCUUUUCUGUCAGACAAAAGUGAUGCACGAGAGUGGCUUGUACACACGCGUUUUGAGAAAGACAGUCCCGCCAACGUUAGAACCAACGACAUCUUUGUGUGCAAUGCAAAGUCCGGAGACUUGGUCAUGGCCGUUUUGGGUGCGAACUUUAGGGGAGUUCCUUUCAGAUCGCUCGCAAAGAGUCUUACGAGGCUCAACAAGCCCAGUGCCCCAGCGGCUGAUCCAGACAUGACUUCACACGAUGCAGAGGAUUCCGGCUACGCUUCCGAACGCACUGAUGAAGACAAAACGCCUGCACACGAAGUCGAUCUUUCCAAGAUACAGAUUGCUCAAGUGCAGUCGGUGUCAGCACAACUCAAUUCUGAGAAGUCGACGGACGCACUGGCGAGCGUCCAGAAGAUGUUCAGCGAAAUCAUAGAAAUUUCCAUCGACGAGGUCGCCCCAUCCUCAUCCCUGGACGAUCUCGGCAUAGACUCUUUGCUGAUCACUGAAGUCCUAGCGGAGAUUAACACUCGAUUUGGUAUCCGCGUAACCCAGGCAGAGCUCUCGGGCUGCGUUGAUGUGCGUGCAGUUUCGCAACUUGUGAGUGGAAUUAACACGAGAGGGGAACCCAAGCAGCCUGAGAUUGUCUCCAUGGAAAUUGCGACACAAAAAGCCAUCGGCGCAACAAGCAGCAAAGAAACUGGAUUUUAUGCCACUGUGGGUGCUGCCACAGCAGCUAAGAAUGUGCCGAAUCUCGCGGCCGCAGGUUCCCAGGUGUUUACCAAGACGAUACCCUCGUACGACAAGCACGCAGACACCACAGGCUUUACCGACUUCUAUACUGAGGUCUUCCCAACCCAGUCUGCACUAGUGGUGCAGUACGUCUUGACAGCAUUCAGCUCGCUCGGCUGCGAUCUGGGGUCAUUCGCAGAUGGCGCUGUGCUCCCGUCCAUUCAAGCUCUUCCCAAGCAUACAAAGGUUAUGUUGCAACUGCACGAGAUACUUACAACUGCGGGUCUGCUCAGCAAGGGGAAUAAUGGAGAAUUCCAGCGCACAGGUUUGCCGAUCCCCACUACUCCCGCAUCUGCUCUCAAGGAUGAGCUGCUACAAAAGUUCCCUAAGCACACUUCGGAGACGAAGCUGCUCCACUCCACCGGCCACAAGCUGGCUGAAUGCCUGACAGGGAAAGCCGACCCAGUCUCCAUUCUCUUCGGGGACUCGGCCGCGCGUGACCUGCUCGGAGACGUCUACACGAACGCACCCAUGUUCAAGACCGGCACUCUUCAACUGGCCGAGUACCUUUCCUCUGUUCUCGGCGAGAUCGGCGGGAAGCGUGAGCUGAGGAUUCUCGAGCUCGGCGCUGGCACAGGAGGAACCACUAAGAAUGUCGUUGAGACUUUGUUUAAGCUCGGCCAUAAGUUCACGUACACUUUCACGGAUCUGUCGUCAUCGCUCGUGGUGGCAGCCAAGCGCAAGUUCUCCAAAUGGUCAUUCAUGGAGUACAAAGUCAUGGAUAUUGAGAAGGACCCUCAGUCUGAGUUCCUUGGCAAAUACGAUAUUAUCCUGUCAACGAACUGUAUCCAUGCAACCAGAGACCUUAUUAGGUCGACAACACAUAUCCGACAGAUGCUUAAGCCAGAUGGCCUAUUGUGUCUAGUAGAGCUGACACGGAACCUCUACUGGUUCGAUCUUGUUUUUGGCCUUUUGGAAGGAUGGUGGCUGUCCUCUGAUGGUCGAUGGCACGCUUUGGCCACUGAAGAGUUGUGGAAGAAGGACUUGCUUGAGGCGGGCUUCAAAUGGGUGGACUGGAGUCGAAGCUCGACAAAAGAGUCUGAACUCUUGAGGGUUAUCACAGCUUCCCCAUGUGAACCUCUCGCUCGCUUGGAGACCCUUCCAUUCAAAGAAGUCGAUGGACAACAACUUUAUGCCGACAUGCACUACCCGGCCGAAAAGGUCGAGUCUGGAAAGAAACUUCCUGUAGCCCUCAUGAUUCACGGAGGCGGCCAUAUAAUGCUGUCCAGAAGCGACAUUCGGCCAGACCAGACAGACAUGCUCUUGGAAAGCGGUUUCUUGGCAAUUAGCAUCGACUACAGACUCUGCCCCGAGGUCACAUUGUCGGAGGGUCCAAUGGUCGAUGUUGUUGAUGCCCUGCACUGGAUCCGUACCAAGCUUCCGGAGCUUGUAUUAUCACGUCCAGAUAUUGCUGUCGACGCCAGCAAGGUCGUUGCAGUGGGAUGGUCCACAGGCGGCCAUCUUGCCACAACACUUGCCUGGACUUCCAAAGCGCGUCACGUCCAAGCCCCGGAAGCCAUCCUAGCCCUUUACUGUCCACUCGACUACGAGGAUAAGUUCUGGAUGUUGCCCAACAUCCCCGAAGGUGCUGCAGGGUCAACCGUCCAGUCAACCGAGUUUGACCUCGACGACGAGGUCUGGACGAGCGGCGUGUUCGACGCUCCCAUCACAAGAUACAACGUGUCGCCUACCAAGAAAGCCUUGGGAGGCUGGCUGGCGCCAUCGGACCCGCGAAGCCGCCUGGCGCUUUUCAUGAAUUGCCGCGGGCGCAGUCUUCACGUUCUUCUCAACGGACUGGACAAAAAGGCUCGGAAGGAGCCCGCAGAACCGACCCAGAAGGACAUUGUUGCUGUCAGCCCACUUGCGCAGGUCCGAGCGGGAACCUAUAAGACGCCAACUUUUAUUCUUCACCCGCGGGAGGAUGAUUUGAUUCCGUGGCAGCAGGCCGAGCGAACGUGGCAGGCGUUGCAGGAUAUGCAAGUUGAUUCGGAGUUAAGGAUUGUUGAGGGUGUUCCACAUUUGUUUGAUUUGGCUGGGUUGCACAGGGUUCGUAAUGAAGAUGCUAGACGCGCUAUGGUCGAGGGCUAUGAGUUCUUGUGUCGGCAUGUGGGCUUGACUUUACGUACAUAA